CCUGUUAACGGAAAACAGAUGGAAGACCGAGUGAACUACCUGGUCUGCGUCUCUGAACACCUGUGUGUAAAUGGAAGAGAAGCCACAAAUGUGUUGUCACUGAUAAAUACUGUCGGCUGCAACUGUUAAAACAGGGAGAGACUGAUGUCCACGGUGCAGCAUUGUAGUUGUGGCCAAGGGAGCAGCUGUCCCAGUCGUGCCAGACAGACUGAACCCCAGAUGGACCUCAUCCACAGCAGUGGGGUGCUGGUGAUCCAGCACCUCCAGAGCAACUACAAGGACUACCAUGACUUCCUUGACUUCAUGUCCUCUGUGGGCGACCCUCGUAACAUCUUUUCUCUCUAUUUUCCUCUGUGGUUUCAGCUUAGCCAAAUUGUCGGCACCAAGAUGAUAUGGGUGGCAGUUAUCGGAGACUGGUUCAACCUAAUUUUCAAAUGGAUUCUGUUUGGUCAACGGCCAUACUGGUGGGUGCAUGAAACUCUCUUUUACCAGAAUAAUUCACUCCCCCAGCUGGAGCAGUUCCACAUUACCUGUGAAACAGGACCAGGCAGUCCAUCCGGUCAUGCCAUGGGCUCUUCGUGUGUCUGGUAUGUAAUGAUCACAUCAGCACUCAACUUUACCAGACGCCUUUGUGACAGCUCAACUCAGGGUUGCCAGAGGUUUGGGCUUGUGUGGUCCUUUUUGUGGAUGGCAUUUUGGAUCAUUCAGAUUAGUGUUGGCAUCUCCAGGAUCUUCAUCGCCACACACUUCCCUCACCAGGUUAUCCUUGGUGUUCUAGCUGGUAUUCUAGUUGCUGAAGCAUUUGAGCAUGUUCCCUCGAUCCACACAGCCAGUUUAAAAGUCUACCUUCACACUAGCUUAUUUCUGUUCUCCUUUGCCGUCAGCCUUUACUUGCUCCUUAAAAUGAUAGACAUUGACCUAUUGUGGUCGAUACCUAAAGCAAAGAAGUGGUGUGCCAAUCCAGACUGGAUACACCUGGACACUACACCUUUUGCUGGUUUAGUGAGGAACCUGGGAGCAUUGUUUGGACUUGGCCUGGCCAUUAACUCUCAGAUGUUCAUCCAGAGCUGCAAAGUGAAGAACGGCUACAAGACUAGGUUUAAACUCAUGUGUGUAGCAGCCAAUCUGACCUCUCUGCAGCUGUACGAUUUCAUCAAAAUUCCCACUCACACAGAGAUCCUGUUCUACACACUCUCAUUCUGUAAGAGUGCUGCAGUCCCUCUUAGUGUGGUGGCACUCAUCCCCUACGGUGUUCACUUGUUGAUAGGAGACAAGGAGAGGAAAUUAGACUAAAUGUUUGUACAUCGUCACUUGACACAAUGACGAAUUGCAUUAUAAUGAACAUAGAUUGCCUGACUCCUAUGGCAAUUUGUUUAUGGUUGUAAUGUAGAUAUCUUUUGCUAAGCUAUUUACCUUGUUGGAAAAUGUGGAUUAUAGUUUUUGCAAUGUUAAAUUGUAUGUUACAUGUACAGUGUGAAACGAGUGAGCUGGUGUUUUUUUAAGACAAAAAAAAUUAAAGUAAAUUGUAAACAAAAUGUGUU